UUUUUCUUUUCAUCCGUCUGGAAGAAAAAUGUAUCAAAAGUGCACAAAACUGACCAUAUUUUCCCCUUAAUGUAUUCAGUCUGUUUACGUGUAAAGCUCAGUGAUUGAAAAGUGACUCUUCACUCGAAAUAUCGUCCUAAAAUGAUGGGUUGUUGCGGUUGCUGUUCGGCCUUGCGGCCUCGCUACAAACGCCUGGUGGAUAACAUCUUCCCGGUGAACCCGGAGGAUGGCCUGGUCAAGUCGAACAUGGAGAAGCUCACCUUCUAUUCUUUGCGCUCGCCGGAAAAGCUGGACCGCAUCGGGGAGUAUCUGUACCAGCGAGCGUCGAAGGACAUCAACCGGAAGCGGUACAAGUUUGUGGAGAUAGCCAUGGAGGCGAUGGACUUGCUGCUGAUGGCUUGCCAUGCUCAGAUUUUGAAUCUGUUCGUCGAGAGUUUCCUCCGAAUGGUGCAGAAACUGAUGGAGGACACCAAUCCGACGCUGCAGAUUAUGGCAACGAAUUCGUUUGUGCGAUUCGCGAACAUCGAGGAGGAUACGCCUUCUUAUCAUCGGCGGUACGAUUUCUUCAUUUCCAAGUUCAGCUCGAUGUGCUACGGAAACAAUGAUGAUGUGGAACUGAGGGAUAAUAUGCGGAUGGCGGGCAUUAAGGGGCUGCAGGGGGUCAUCCGGAAGACGGUUUCGGAUGAUUUGGUGGAGAAUAUUUGGGAGAAACAGCACAUGGAGAAGAUCGUUCCGUCAUUGCUGUUCAAUAUGCAAUCGGCGAGUGGUAGCAAGUCGGUGGACCAGGAAGCGACUCCGUCGACGCCUCCGGUUCUGGCGGAAGCUGUGCUCAGGGAGCUGGUUUCCCGUGCUUCUUUUGGACAUAUCCGAGCAGUGUUGAAACCCCUGCUGACUCACUUGGAUAGCCACAAGCUGUGGGUACCGAAUCGCUUUGCGAUCGACACCUUCCGGAUUGUGAUGAUCUCGAUUCAACCUCAGUAUUCGUACACCGUAGUCGAGACGCUGAUGUCCCAUCUGGAUCAGAACUUGGCUUCCUCGCCGAAAACACGAACUUCGCUCGCGGUUGUUCUAUCCAAGAUCAUCGCCAUCGCUGCUGGGGAGAGCGUAGGACCAUCCGCCCUGGACAUUAUCAACAAUCUGCUAACGCAUCUGAAGACAUCGGUCAGUACCCAGCACGAGUCCACUCCGGAGGAGACCCAGUACCAGGAAGCUCUGAUCAACGCUCUAGGCGAGUUUGCCAAUCACCACCCGGACUAUCAGAAGAUCGAAAUUAUGCUCUUCAUUAUGAACACCGUUCCGGACCCUUCGAAGAAGAGCAAAGGCGAUCAGCUUCUUCAGAACAUCCUUCUCAAGUCGUUGCUCAAAGUCGGAACCCAGUAUCGGACCGUGUCCUUUGAAAAAGCCUUCCCCGUGUCGUUCCUGCAGCCACUGCUCAAGAUGGCACGGGCCACAUCCGUUCCGAUUCGAGUCAUUGUCAUGCAAAUCUUCCAACAGUUGCUCGAUCGCCACCAGAAUCAGCACCUGCUGUUCGUGAUCGAAGUGAGCAAUUAUCCCACCCUCACGGUGGAGCAAGCUUCCCGAUCGGACAUCCUCUUCACGCACAAAUAUGGAUCGAACAUACUGCAGGCAAUUCUGGAUGGAAUGUCCCAGGAGAACCACAUGGAAGUACUGAAAUCGUCGUACAACACCGCCGGACUGAUGAUCGUGGAGAUGGCUUGCAGCGAAACGGUGCAGGAGUUCCUGCUGUUUGUACUAAGUGUCCAGCAGGUGGCCAUCACCGAAGUCGAGCUGUCUCCGAAGCAUCGUUGCAAUCUCCACAGCAUUGCCGUCGCUCUGUUGAUCCUAAUCGGUCGCUGCACCGGCAUCGGAACUCUCGUGGAAUACGCCGAAAAAGUCAUUCAAUCUCGUCUGGAGGACGCCACCUACCUGCUGCCACCGCUGAUGGAUAACGAAAAGCCCGCUCCGAGCACGCUGAACACGAAUCAACCCCACUUGAUGAUCGACAAACUGGCCUUGGCCGAAUGCCUCCAGCAGGCGGGUUUGGAGCACAACCGAGUGCAGACGGGAACGCCCUACUCUCUGAACCAGACGGACAUGUCCGCUCAUCGCCACUCGUGGGUCGAUACCAGUGCAGCCCGGAACAGCAUCGUGGACGCCAACUACAACGACGUCGAAUCUGUCAGCAGUUCCCCCGGGGUACAGAAGCGCAGUCUGCCGUUGGACUUCAACUUCGAAUCGAUGAAGCGGGUGUUGGCCGAGCCGACGGAGGCCAACAAGCGCGAAGCUCGCGAAAAGCAAGCCGCCAUCGGGCGAACCUUCCGCGAGACGGCAUUCGAAGAUUUGGUUCGCCGGACGGAGCCGCAACACGAUGUGCUGCAGAACAAGCUGAACGAAAUCUUCAACUCGCUGUCGGCGGAGCGGCAGAUCCACUGCGGCAAUCAGCUGGUGCUGAAUUCCGCCGCUGCGACGACGGUCGUGGACGGAGGCAUUGGCGGCGGACUUGGAGGGGGCAAGUUGAACCAGCAGCGGCCGAUCUACGAGAACAAUUUCCCGGAACUGUUCUUCUACUAAGCUAGUGGAUGUGGUUUUAUUUUUGUUGUAUCUUAUGGUGUAUUUAUUGUUAGCUAGUCGGGAAGAGGGAAGGCGAAAACACUCGGUAAUACAUUUUGGGGAAUCGUUGUAUUUAAAUCGAAUAUAUCAAACUACAAAGUAUUAGAGUAUUUAGUCAAUUUGAAUCAUUGACGUUGAGGUCACCAUUAAAGGGAUUCU